CGCGUCACCAGUGGGGCCGAGCACGGGAGCUGCGCACGGCGUGGUCGGCCCAGGGUGCUACACGAGGUGGUGAACUGAGCUCCACCAGGAGUGGUGCUCUGAGGAGUGCGCUGGGUAGCGGUGCGGGUGGUGCGCGUGAGUGAAGUGAAAGAAAGGUCGGAGGGGAGUGGCGUCGUCAAAGUUGGAGCAGAGGAGCGUCAUGCGCUGGUGCAGAUCCUGCUUUGCUGAGGGACGCAUGGCUGCGGUGCUGAUGAGACGUGCCGCGACCGUGGGUCUGCUGGUCGCUGGCUUGCUGGUUCUUCUGCUGCUGCUCGCCACCAACCAGCGGACCAGCCACGCUCACAGGGCACUCUUGCCUCCGCACCACCAGCAACUCCCGUCUAUGGCUGGGGACGACGGACCGAAAAUGGCUGGGGACGACAGCGACAGCUGCGUGCCGCGGGACUCUAUCUUCUUUCUGAAAACGCACAAAUGCGCCAGCUCCACUGUGCAGAACAUCCUGAUGCGCUACGGCGAAAAGCACUCGCUCAACUUCGUCCUGGGAAGCACGGGCAACUACGUCGGAUCACCGACGCCGUUCAACAGCCGCCUCAUUCCGGAUUGGCUUUGGCCCCGCUCUGACAAGUUUGACGUGUUCGCGCACCACACGCGGCUGCACGUGGCCGAGACGCGCCGCGUGAUGCAAGAUCACGCUGCGUGGGUCACGAUUCUGCGCGAUCCCGUGGCACAGUUCGAGUCGGCCUUCGACUACUACCACUUCUCGAUUGCGCAACACUGGAAUAUGACGCUGAGACAAUUCAUCGCCCUGCCGCUGGAGAGGAAGCAGGCCCUGGGGAGAAUCGGCUAUGGGCGCUUCGGCGGCAACCAGAUGGCGUUUGACCUCGGAUACGACCCAGCCAUCGUCAGCGAGCCGCGCCUCGUGCAGGCCAUGCUCGACGACCUGGACAAGGCCUUCGACCUGGUGAUGAUAGCCGAGAUGAUGGACGAGUCGCUGGUGCUGCUGCGCCAGCUGAUGUGCUGGUCGAUCGACGACGUCACCUACUUCACCAAGAACGCGCGCUUCGACUCGCUGCGUACCCCGCUGAGUGGCGCCGACCGCGCGGCGCUGGAGAAGUUCCUGGAGCUGGACAUGAUUCUGUACCGCCACUUUCGGCAGCGGCUGGCCCAGCAGAUCGCCGCCGUGCCAAUCGCCACGUUCCUGGCGCACACGGAGGCGCUCGUGGCGCGCCGCCUGCACUACAGGCAGCACUGCGUGGCCUCCGAGGCCAAGGGCAGCGAGCUGCAAGGGCAGCAGCACGAGAUCACCGACCAGGUCAAGGGCUACCGGCUGAUAAACUAUUCCGACUGGAUGUGCUCCCGCCUCGGCAUGGCGGAGAUCGGGUACACGGACCUCCUCCGCGACGGCCAGCGCCAGCGGAUGGCCAUCUGGCGCCGUUAACUGUACAGUGCCUAACGGUUUCCUGUGUUGCAUUUGUCUCGUUUUACAUGGGUGUCAGUCAAUGACUGAUGACUUUUAACAUGUGGCCUUGUUACGCGAUUGCGGAGCGCUUCCCACAGCUUACAUGAAA